CCCUGUUCAGAGUUCUCCGUCUUUCCCUUCGGCCGGGGUGGAUGUGCUCGUCGCUCGGCUCGCUCGCCUUGGCUCUCCGCUCUUCUAGCCCAGGUUUUUCCUCCUACUCGGUGAACGGCCGGUGACCGCAGCUCCGGCGGAAGGAAGAUGGCGACCGAGGGCAUGAUCCUAACUAAUCACGACCACCAAAUACGCGUCGGGGUGCUGACAGUAAGUGACAGUUGUUUUCGGAAUUUAGCAGAAGAUCGGAGUGGCAUAAAUCUCAAGGAUUUAGUCCAGGACCCUUCAUUAUUGGGCGGAACUAUAUCUGCGUAUAAAAUUGUGCCAGAUGAAAUAGAAGAUAUAAAGGAGUCAUUAAUAGACUGGUGCGAUGAAAAAGAACUUAACUUGAUUCUAACGACAGGGGGAACUGGCUUUGCUCCAAGAGAUGUUACACCAGAGGCCACAAAAGAAGUAAUAGAGCGGGAAGCUCCAGGAAUGGCUUUAGCAAUGCUAAUGGGAUCCCUAAAUGUUACACCUCUCGGAAUGCUGUCUAGACCGGUUUGUGGGAUCAGAGGCAAAACGUUAAUUAUCAACUUACCAGGUAGCAAGAAAGGAUCACAGGAAUGCUUUCAGUUUAUACUGCCAGCCCUACCUCAUGCUAUAGACCUUUUGAGGGAUGCCAUUGUAAAAGUAAAAGAAGUUCAUGAUGAAUUGGAAGACUUGCCAUCUCCGCCACCUCCCCUCUCUCCUCCACCAACGACGAGUCCUCACAAACAAACAGAAGAUAAGGGUGUACAGUGUGAAGAAGAGGAGGAAGAGAAGAAAGAUAGUGGUGUUGCAUCAACUGAGGACAGUUCUUCUUCACAUAUAACAGCAGCAAAUAUUGCAGCAAAGAACCAUCCAUCCAUCUUCCACCAUGAUAAAGUCCAUAAGAUACCAGAACACAGCUGUUCUCAUCAUCCUUCCAUCAAUGCAUCGGCCGUGACUCAUCCAUCCCGCAUCAGGCUUUCAGAAAUCAUGGCAAAGGGUUAUACACCUAUCCCGGGUUCCUUUCAGAGUGCAUCCGUUACAGUACAGUUGAUUCCAGAUUCCAUCAUCUCUCGUGGAGUGCAAGUACUUCCACGAGACACUGCAUCGCUCAGCACCACACCUUCUGAAUCACCACGAGCGCAGGCUACUUCAAGACUUUCCACUGCAUCCUGCCCAACACCAAAACAAAUUAGAAGGCCGGAUGAAAACAAAGUCGUUACUAAUAGAGUUGGAUCCUUAAAACUUCACCGCAAACUGGAGAAUCUCAGAGAUCACCUUCAAGGCAAUGACAAAGGAUACUCGCUCCGAGUAAAUGCUCGGCUUCCUUCCUGCUCAUCCACCUAUAGUGUUUCGGAGGACAUUUGGAUUGCUGCCCCCUCCUUUUCUCAGCUCCACUAUAAAUUGGAAGGGCUUAAAGAUGAACUCAGGAGGAGUAGAGGCUGCGAAACCAGAGUCCAGUCCAGAUGUAGCAGCAAGGAAAACAUCCUCAGAGCAAGUCAUAGUGCCGUUGAUAUCACCAAGGUAGCAAGAAGACACCGCAUGUCUCCGUUUCCACUAACAUCCAUGGAUAAAGCCUUUAUUACUGUCCUGGAAAUGACUCCAGUUCUUGGGACUGAAAUCAUAAAUUACAGAGAUGGAAUGGGACGUGUGCUUGCCCAAGAGGUGUAUGCAAAAGACAAUUUACCGCCAUUCCCUGCAUCAGUGAAGGAUGGAUAUGCAGUAAGAGCUGCGGAUGGCCCAGGAGAUCGCUUCAUCAUAGGCGAGUCGCAGGCUGGAGAACAGCCAACUCAAACAGUGAUGCCAGGUCAAGUAAUGAGAGUAACAACCGGUGCUCCAAUUCCAUGUGGUGCUGAUGCAGUAGUACAAGUGGAGGAUACUGAGCUCAUUAGAGAAUCAGAUGACGGAACAGAAGAACUGGAAGUUCGUAUAUUGGUGCAGGCUCGUCCAGGGCAAGAUAUAAGACCAAUUGGCCAUGAUAUUAAAAGAGGCGAGUGUGUAUUGGCAAAGGGAACGCACAUGGGACCAUCAGAAAUUGGUCUACUGGCAACUGUUGGUGUCACAGAAGUUGAAGUACACAAAUUCCCAGUAGUUGCAGUUAUGUCAACAGGAAAUGAGCUUUUAAAUCCCGAAGACGAUCUUAUGCCAGGGAAAAUACGUGAUAGCAAUCGCUCAACUCUUCUUGCAACAAUUCAGGAACAUGGCUAUCCUACCAUUAAUUUGGGUAUUGUAGGAGAUAACCCAGAUGACUUAUUAAAUGCCUUAAAUGAAGGUAUCAGCCGUGCUGAUGUUAUCAUCACAUCAGGUGGUGUGUCCAUGGGAGAGAAGGACUAUCUUAAGCAAGUGCUGGAUAUAGAUCUUCAUGCACAAAUCCAUUUUGGCCGAGUUUUUAUGAAGCCAGGCCUGCCAACCACCUUUGCAACCUUGGAUAUUGAUGGCGUUAGGAAAAUAAUAUUUGCACUCCCAGGCAACCCUGUGUCAGCAGUUGUUACCUGUAACCUUUUUGUCGUACCAGCACUAAGAAAGAUGCAGGGAAUCCUGGAUCCAAGACCUACAAUCAUCAAAGCCAGGUUAUCAUGUGAUGUAAAGUUGGAUCCUCGCCCCGAGUACCAUCGCUGCAUACUGACAUGGCAUCACCAAGAGCCACUGCCUUGGGCACAAAGUACAGGUAAUCAAAUGAGCAGUCGCCUCAUGAGUAUGCGAAGUGCCAAUGGACUGUUGAUGCUACCUCCAAAGACAGAGCAGUAUGUGGAGCUUCACAAGGGAGAAGUGGUGGACGUCAUGGUCAUUGGAAGGCUAUGAUGACAGCCGCAAGAGAAAAGCUUUGAUGCAUGUCCACAUAUCAUUGACUGUAUCCUGUAAUAUGCAAUGGCACAGUUAGUUUUUAUGAUUUGGAUGAAGUUGAUCAGUGUAGUCAACAUCUUGAACUAAAUUUCGAAAAAUGACUUUGAGGAAAAAAAACUGAAUUUUUUUUUUUUCCAAAAAAAUAAAAAAAAAACAUAUAAAACCUUAUUCUGAUUAUAUCAAGGCAACUUUUCCUUCAUUGCAAUUGCUUUGUGUGUUAAAAUGCUAGGUCUAAUAGCAGUAGCUUUUAGUAGACAGCAGUAGAUGCCUGCAAAAGUUGUGUUUCUCUCAUCCCUAAAGUACAAAUACUUAAGCUCUUAAACAAGGCUGUCUGCUUACUUUAUACUAGCUUAGAUGACACUGCUGUUUCCCUUAUCAGUAUGCUUCAUAACUGCUUCACAAGAGAGCUCUGCUUGUUCUUUAUCUUGUAUAACGUGUUGAUGUGCACAGUGCCAAAAGCAAAGUGGUUGCGUCUGGAUGAAGACUCCCAUCUUCUUAACAAGGAGGACGGACGUCCUGGCAAUCACUCCGCUCAGUACUAUUGGGCAGUAACUGAAUACCUUUUAUUUGAAUAAAAAUUGCUUCCUUAAGUGCUGACAGCCUUUUUAACCAAUACAUUUAAAAAAAAUGUACAGAAAAAAAAUAAUCAAAAACUGAUCUUGUACAGAUUACAGUGUACCAGCAUUCAUGUGGAGAUAAAGAAGCAAAGAAUUAUUGAAGAACUCUGUACCAUAACAUUUUCUGUAAUGAUAUUGAAACAAGAUGAAUUAAAUCCUUGAUCAUUAUUUAAAAAAUAGUAAAA